GCUGCGCCGGCGCCCUGGCUCCAAUCAAUACCUGGUGCGGCCGGCCCGAUCACAUGCUCGCGGCCUGAUCGAGGCGUGCCCGGCCCGGCGGCUGUUGUGUGCUGCGCCCGGCGGUCAGCAGGCACGGACGGACAGUGGGGAGGUGACCUGCUGGAGGCGCAGUUGCCCGGCGGAGGUCGGUAGUGCGGACGGCUCGAGUGGCAGGACGGUCACAGGCAGCUGGCGGAGGACUGGGGUCGACCGCAGAGCAGUGAGAGGAAGAAGCGCGGCAUGCCGCUCCACCAGGUCAGCAUAGAGUCGCCGGGACCCACCAUGAAGGGGUGCGUCUUCAACUUCGACGUGCCCAUGCCGGAGGUGCCGCCCUCCGGCGCCCGGAUCAGGGUGAUGUGUGCCGGCGUGUGCUACCGCUCGAAGCGCUCCAUGUCGAUCAACAGCGGCGCAUCGCUUUCCUCGAUCGGCUCCGACCACUCGAGCUGCAGCAACAAGGGCGUGCGCGACACGUCGCUGUUCCCCGGUUUCGAGGUUGCCGGUCAGAUUGAGAGCUUCGGUGAAAAUGUGGAUCCGAAAUGUGGUCUGAAGGUCGGCGACAAUGUCAUUGUGUACCCGUACAUAGGAUGUCCCGAAGGGUACGCCGAGUACGUGGCCGUCGAGGACGUCCAGUACCUGGUCAAGGUGCCGGACGAGGUACCCAUGCCGGUGGCCUCCAUGCUGCCCAGCGGCGGCCUGUGGGCCAUGAACUCUGUGUUCACCGCCAGACAAUACGUCGAGAAGCUGCUGAAAGAGCGCGGCGACAAAGGCAAGGUGAACGUUCUGGUGGUGGGCACGGGCGGCCUGGCGCUCUGGGCGAUCCGGAUCGGGCGCCACUACUUCCCCGAGUGGACCGAGGGCCAGGCGGUGCGACUGACUGUGGCGGUGCUGCGUGACGAGGGCCUGCAGAGCAUCACCGAGCAGGAGCACCAAAACGCCACCGACAUGUCGGAGGAGCCCGGAAUUCACGGCCGGGUGAACAUCGUCCAGUGGAGCGAGGACUGCUACGAGACCCAGCUGAUCGAGCGAACCAUCAACGCCUGCGAGGGCAACGUCGACAUCAUCAUCGACUUCGCUGCCAACCCGCGCUCCAUGAACCGCUCCCUCAAGUGCCUAUCCAAGGGCGGUGUGAUCGUGAUCGGCGCCGAGACUGCCCAGCGCUACGUCAGCCGGUUCGAGAGCGUGGCGCAGGCCAGCGAUCAGACCAUCGUGCCCGUCGAGAUGGGCUCCCUCGAGCAGCUGCACACACUCGUACAUCUCAUCGCCUCCAAAAAGGUGGAGCCGCCCCCUUACAACCUGUUCCCGUCCGACAAGGCUGAGGAGGUCUUCAUGAAGCUGGGCCGCGCCAAAAUCCACGGCCGCGCCAUCCUGCACUUUGACCCGAUCCCGGACGCCCCGGAGACGUGAACUGCGCCGGAACACAGCGGAGACCCGCAGUUGUACGGCGGAGGCGCGGCGCCACCUGUGGACAGUUGUACGGCGGAGGCGCGGCGCCACCUGUGGACAGUGUCACGGCGGAGCCGCGGCGCCACCUGUGGACAGUGUCACGGCGCCACCUGUGGACAGUUGUACGGCGGAGGUGCGGCGCCACCUGUGGGCAGUUGUACGGCGGAGGUGCGGCGCCACCUGUGGACAGUUGCGCGGCGCCACCUGCGGACAGUGUCACGGCGGAGCCGCGGCGCCGCCUGCGGACAGUGUCACGGCGGAGCCGCGGCGCCACCUGUGGACAGUUGCACGGCGCCACCUGUGGACAGUUGUACGGCGGAGGCUCGGCGCCACCUGCGGACAGUGUCACGGCGGAGCCGCGGCGCCACCUGUGGACAGUUGCGCGGCGCCACCUGCGCAGUGUCACGGCGGAGGCUCGGCGCCACCUGCGGACAGUGUCACGGCGGAGCCGCGGCGCCACCUGUGGACAGUUGCACGGCGCCACCUGUGGACAGUUGUACGGCGGAGGCUCGGCGCCACCUGUGGGCAGUUGUACGGCGGAGGUGCGGCGCCACCUGUGGACAGUUGCGCGGCGCCACCUGCGGACAGUGUCACGGCGGAGGCUCGGCGCCACCUGCGGACAGUGUCACGGCGGAGCCGCGGCGCCACCUGUGGACAGUUGCACGGCGCCACCUGUGGACAGUUGUACGGCGGAGGCUCGGCGCCACCUGCGGACAGUGUCACGGCGGAGGCGCGGCGCCGCCUGCACCCCGGCGCGGGCCGCUGAGCGGGACCGUGUGAGCGCCAGUGUUCAGCCUAUGACCGAGUCGGAGGCUCCGCGGCCACCCCGCGCAUGCAGGGUUUCCCGCAGGGACGGUGGUGUUCGCAAUAAUUUGUAGGAGCUGGUCGCCGGUGGUCGCCGGUGGUCGCCGGUGGUCGCCGGUGGUUGCGGUGGUCGCCGGUGGUCGCCGGUGGUCGCUGGUCGCCGGUGGCGGUGGCAGCGAUCCGCACUGUGCGCCCGACUGUAGGAGCCGCGGAGGUGAACCGCCGAUGGGUGGGUGGCCGGUGGACCGCCGAUGGGUGGGUGGCCGGAGGGCCGCCGUUCGGAGUGUAAGGCCACUCCGCGGAGCCGAGCUGAGCUGAUUCUGGUGCAGAUGCCCUCGGGGCGGUGAUAGCUGAGCAGUUGGCGCAAAUGGGACCGCAUGCGUGCGAGUGUAUGACAGGAGAAAAUGCGCUGUAUUUUUGUUCGCGGAACAAUGUGUCGUGGAUUCCGACGAGCAGUUGGGACAACGUUAGCAGACUGUGCGCUAUGUUUUGUCCGAUCGUUCAAAUAUGCUCUUAAAAGCUUAAUCAUUAAGUGCCCUGGCUUUCGUAGGAUUAGUUUUAGCGUUAAAGCUAUUAGAGAUGGAUGAGGCAGUGGACCCCUGUAUAGCCGCGAGGGCUCUGUGAAAUCCCAAACACACGCGCCGCCGGCCGCGCUGUGAAGGCUGGACAUUCGGUGUCCAUAUCUGCUGCAUACCGUUGUAAAUUGACUAAGUGUAUAGGAGCGUGUCCAAUACAUGCAGACGACAAUCGAA